AUGGCCGGCGGCGGCGGCAUGGUGUUCGAGCCCCACGCGGGCGCGGUGGCGGGCGGCGACGUCGUGUUCUGCGCUGCCAUCGUGUGCCUGUCGCUCCUGUCCAUGGUCAUCUUCGCGGCGGCCGGCUCCUCCUCCUCAGGCGCCGCCGGGGACGAAGCAGGGAAGCCGCGGCGGCGCGGCCGGCGCGCCAACGGGCCUGUGUUCGUGGGCGGCUGGGGCUGCGGCUGCGGCGGCUGCAGCGCCGGCGCCGGCGUCUGCGGCACCUACCUCUCCUGA